AGCCUUACUCAGCUUCCACCCGCGAUGCGGGGCGCGAGAAAAGCGCUGCCCUCGCUCGCGGAACGUGCCCACUGCGUUAGGGCUUGACGAAGCGCAUGCGCAUAUUGGUGGCAUGGGACGGCAGUGAGCUCAGCACCUUGGCCCUUCGCUGCACCAUCCGCGUGCUCUCGCGGCCGGGCGACCAGCUGCUGGUAUAUCACGUCCGCAAUCCUGGGAGGUAUGGAGCAUCGGAAGAGUUCGAGGUGGAAAAGCUGGAGUCCAGAUUAUCCGAGGAGCUUCGAAAUGCACAGGGCCUUCAUGUGCUUUCUCAGCGGAAGAGUGGCGAAAUGGACGAGGUUGACAGUUGCCAUGGCAAGAUGCUCAUGACCGUGCACCAGAAGGAGAAGGCCGAGGCCAUCAAGAUUUCUCGCAUGAUCGUGAACUUUGCGGCGGUCACCAAUGCGGAUGUUUUGGUCAUGGGAAGUUGUGGCUACAAGGCGGGACGCUCCAACUGUUUCCAGCGAACCACCUUGGGCUCCAGCGCCCAUUUGGCAGCUCUCGAGGCCCCGUGCUCGGUGGUCUUGAUCCGCCCGGGCUGCCGCGUGGACACGAAGCUGGCGACCGUUUUCAUGGUGGCCGUGGACGGCAGCUUGCACUCGCAAUAUGCCUUGCAGCUGUGCGCCACGUGGGCACGGCCCGACAAGGAUGAGAUCGUUUGCCGGGUCUUCGGGCCGAGCGAAUUCACUGAGCCAUUGGAGAGGAUGUGUACAGACCAACUCCAAGCGGUGAUGCGGGAUAAGAAGGUGGAGUACGCGGUGAUCCCCACCGAGCUGGACGAGUCCGCGGACGUCCACGGCGACGACUUGAGCGAGGCCGCGCAGCAGUGCCGCUUCCGUCAGCAAGCCUUCCUCGUCUUCGGGGCGCGGGGCCGUCAUUCCGAAGGAUCCCCAGGCGGAGGAGGCUCCAGCCCGAGCUCUCCGAUCUUGUCGCCGACCACCUCCGACGGAUCUCCUGCCGCACAAGAGGGACCAACGACCUUGGGCCAUGUGGCGCGUUGGUGCAUCAAGGAGGCACAGUGCAGCCUCAUCAUUGCCCGGCCCAAGAUGUCGCCCACAGGCCUUGCACUGCUGCGUGCCGCAUCGCUCCCUUGAGCGUGGCCCACGCCGAUCGCCGAUGCGUAUCGGCUCGGCUUGGGCCGCGUGGCGUGCUGCCACUACAGCUGCAUCCUGUGAAAGUUUUACAGCACCUGUGCCACAAGCUGCCGACAGAGGAAUUGCUCCAGCAAGAUCCAAAUGGCUGUCCCCAUGCAUCCUGGC